CCGGUGAGUGCCGACCGACUGAAACGGCGGCCCACAAUGCACUGCGAUAGCGUGUCGGCGGGAGGGGGAGGAGCCAAGGCCGGAAGUAGGACGGUGGCGGCGGCGGCGGCGGCUCUGGCAGCUCGGGACUAAGUACAAGUAACAGUCACCAUGAUUCUUCAGAGGCUCUUCAGGUUCUCUUCCGUCAUCCGGUCUGCAGUCUCAGUCCAUUUGCGGAGGAAUAUCGGAGUUACAGCAGUGGCAUUUAAUAAGGAACUUGAUCCUUUACAGAAACUCUUCGUGGACAAGAUUAGAGAAUACAAAACUAAGCGGCAGUCAUCUGGAGGACCUGUGGAUGCUGGCCCAGAGUAUCAGCAAGACAUGGAAAAGGAGCUUUUUAAGCUUAAGCAGAUGUAUGGUAAAGCAGACAUGAAUACGUUCCCAGACUUCAAAUUUGAAGACCCCAAAUUUGAAGUCGUGGAAAAACCCCAGUCCUGAAGAAAUGUAAAAUGUAUCUGGUCAUGUGUCUUAGAUCAGUUGUAUUACUGAUCAGAAGUAUCAGAAGAAAAAUACAUUUCAACAACUGUCAAAUGUUCUUUCAUUCUGAUUCCAAAUAAAUUAUUUGGUGAUUUUGAGUGUA